AUAGCGCUUGAGAAGGCUAUUCUUAAGUUUGCAUCGUCUCCGAGACUCACUCUCCGCCAACACCGACUUCCAUCGGUUGCAGCAUUUGUUUGGAGGAGACAUGCUUGAGCUCAGCUAUAUCUGGUAUUUCGCGGGGAUGACCGAGCAGCACUCUCCCCGCACUUCAUCAAAACAUCACUCCAAUUUUUUCCCACUGGAUCUCUCCAAUUUUCAGAUGCCGGUACAUAUAAAGGCACCCAAGUGAUCCCAUCUGAUUUUUCUAAACAGCUUCUCUUUUCCAUGGACACAUCACUUAAGGACGAUACCCAGUCAAGCCAUAGCCAAAUCAGCGAGAAGAAGGAUAUUGCUUACCUAGAAGAAGUACAGUCUGGAGGAGGCCAAAUACAUAAUGAUCGUAUUGAUCCUGAAGUUGCCAAAUAUGCUUCGGCAAAAGCCAUCUACAUCGACGAAGAUACAAACAAGCGAUUGAAGAGGAUGAUCGAUAAGCGAGUAUUGUUGGUGAUGUGUGUAACGUAUUUCCUUCAAUCACUCGACAAGGCAACGCUCUCGUUCUCGGCCAUUAUGGGUAUACAGAAGGAUACAGGUCUGGUUGGUCAAGAGUAUGCAUGGCUUAGUACCUGCAUUUAUAUUGGCAUCCUUUUUGUGGAAUACCCCAUGAACUACAUCAUCCAAAGAGUCCCUAUAGGAAAGUUCUUGGGAUUUUGUAUCUUCUGUUGGGCGGCUGUACUCUGCUUUCACGCCCUCUGUUCGAACUUUGCAUCGUUAUUGGUAGUCCGAACUCUACUGGGAAUAUUUGAGUCCGCCUGUCAACCUUCUUUCUUGGUCCUUUCUAGUAUGUGGUACACGAAAGCUGAGAACGCUAUGAUUAUCACACUUUGGUUCAUGAUGAAUGGUCUGCAGCAAAUUUUCGGUGGACUGCUCGCCUAUGCUUUCACAAAUAUUACGACAGGUCCAUUGAAAUCUUGGCAAUGGUUGUUCUUGUCUUACGGUAUUAUUUCCGUGGGCUGGGCCGUGUUUGUCAUCUGGUAUCUGCCAGACAGUCCUAUGCGUGCCAAGUGCUUUUCAGAAGAUGACAAGAAAUUAAUGGUAGAACGAGUCCGAUCCAACCAAACAGGUUUGCAAAACAGAAAGUUCAGAAAGGAUCAAGCUAUCGAAGCUUUCAAAGACCCACAAAUCUACUGCUACGGCUUGUUUCAACUCUUCACAACUUUGCCUCAGUCCUCUAUUGGCGCGUUUGCAAAUAUCAUUAUCAAUGGUUUGGGAUUCUCAGUGUUGAAUACUCAGCUGUUGGCCAUGGUGCUAGGUGCAUUGAUUAUGGGUUUCCCCUUAAGUUCGGCAUACCUCGUCAGGAAGUAUAACCAAACCAUCUGGACUAUGAUUGGCUUUUUGAUACCGAGCAUGAUCGGUACCAUUGUCUUGAUGACAGUGGCGAAUACUUCGGCAAGUACUAGAGCUGGUCUCUUGGUUGCGUAUUAUGUUGUCUUGUCUUUCUGGGGUGCAUCCACCUUGACCUUGACGUUGCUUUCAAAAAACGUCGGUGGUCAAACCAAAAAAAGUAUCGCGGUUGCUGUCAACUUCUUUUGCUGGGCAGCAGGCAAUGCUAUUGGUCCGCAAGUCAUGCAAUCUAAGGACGCUCCUAGAUACUUUACUGGUUUCGCUGUCCACAUGGGAUGUUACGUCUGUGCCAUUCUCACUCUCGUGUUCCUUCGUUUCCAUUUCGUUCGACAGAACAAGAAGAAGCAAGCUUUUCUGGAUAGCCGAGAAAACGAGGUCGAUAAGGAUCUUGUUCAUUCCUUUGACGAUCUGACUGAUCUCCAAAACCCCAAUUUCAUGUAUAUCUAUUAACCCAACCAAUACCGUAUCAUGUAUAGCUGUAUUAAAGAAAGAUAAAUAAACUAACUGGUAUUGUGUAAUAGCAUUAAACAAUGGAUGAAAGGGCAUUGUCGAUUUAUUGAGUGAAAGGUGUUGCGUUGCCAAAUUUUUGAGUCUAUAUGCAAAAAGUGAUUGGGAAAUGAAUUUGAUUUAAGAAAGAGUGCUCGGUUAAAAUGCCCAGAGGGACCAUUUCACAGCACUAGGAUCUUCUAAAUCGUCGUUUGCAGUCUCGUCGUCCUCAUCUGUGGCUCCAACCUUUACUAAUGAAGGGAAUAGCUCGGUGGGCUUCUCAAAAGCCAACGCAGGAUCCUUCUUGCGCUUACGUGUUAGCUCCUUAUCCAAGAACUGCAAAUGC